AUGGCCAUUGUCGUUGGCUUCAUUGGAACGAGGUACCGUGGCCUUAUGAUCAAUCCAGAAGUUGAAGACACCGCAGCAAAGAAAUCUGUGGAGGAGAUGAUACGGACGGCAUUGGUCAAGGCGAAGAUAGUGAGUGAGUUGAAUUCCCAGCGGUUGGAGCAGAAGGUAAAUUGGAGCCGCUCCAGCCGAACUGAUGCAGGCGUUAGUGCUUUGCGCUUGGUAAUCAGUGCGCGGUUCUGCUUGAAUUUGGAAAGCCUGGAUGCCUCUGGCUUCAGCCAAGGAGACAAGGGGAGUGGGGAUGGGCGGGGCUACGACGACUACGCCACCUUCUACAAGUUCAGUUCCGUGCCCUGCGCAGGCUCCAGUGGCGACCGAACCUGUGGGGGGGACUACAGCGUCGACGCCUUCACCUACCAGUACACCUACGUUGGCGGUGGUCAAACUCCAAUGGAUGGCAGUGGGGCAGCAGUGGGAGUUGGCGCUCAUGGGAUUGGAACUCCCAAGGACACGACUGGGGCGGUGGAGGACAUGGCUCACGUGGAGAUUAUGGUGAAUUUGCGGGCUGGCCUGGAUGGACUCAUCGUCGCUACUGGGUUCAAGCCAUUCGAAGGUGGGACAAGACUUCGGAUCUCACGAUCCCUCGCAAGGCAGAGAAUGCGCUCCCUUGGCUGGGAAAUGCAGCCUGACUUCGAGCGCAUCCCGGAGUCCGUGCUGCACACCUCGGCCUACUUGGACCUCAUCAUCGAAGUUAUCAACAACAAGGCUGGAGUCCGCGAAGAUGAUGAAAAGAGGCGAGUCUUCAGGGCCGCCAUCUCAGACCAGAAUCGUCACCGAGAGGAGACUCUUGCCCAGUUUGCCAUGAGGAGACAGAAGGAAUUCAGCCAGGCGACAGCUUUUGGGAUCGUGAUCCCUGACUCCUUCAAGGCGACGAUGCUCAAAGAAGGGGCCAACCUGAGUGAACAGAAUCAGCAGAAUUUGUGCGCCCUCCUGGCAGGACAAGAUGACGACCCAAACGCAGUGGCCAGAGCUCUCUCUCGCCUCGACGUCAGGUCAGAUCGCAUGGCUGGCUUCGUGGAGAACACUCAAUCGAACUUGGAGAGCUACAUGUCGACGAACGACGACCUUGAGGACCCCGAGGAGGACUCCCUGGACGAGGAUGACAUCAUUCACGAACUGGAGCCACUCGAUCUCACCGAAGAUCAGGUCGCAGAGGUCUUCGCCGUCUUGGAGCAGAAGAAGAGACGUCCCAGGACGUGGAAGGAGAACAAGGACUUCAAGGCAGAGAUGAAAAAGGAUCGCACUUCGUUCACGAAGGGAGAUGACAGACCCCGUGCUGGACGCCGCUUCGAGGCGCAUGGCAAGCCACGACGUGGACCCUUCAAUUGUGAGCAGUUGAAGAAGAUCUCCCGAUGCAAGCUAUGCUCGUCCAGGGCCAAGGAUGCUGCAGGCUUCUUCAAAGCUGCAGAGGCUGGCCUUUUCAUCGGUUUGGAAACAAUGUGCAAUGCCAGGCAGACCAUCCGACAAGUGCUGCCGAGCCCCAAGGAGCUCUGCGAGCAGUGGAGCUUCUUGACCCUCUCCUCCGGAGACGCCAUUUUGGACAUUGGGGCCACACAGGACCUCGUCGGAGAGACGGCUCUUCUUUCGAUGGCACAUCACCUCAGGUCUCUCGAUUUGCAGUUCAUCGAGGUAGACACUCAUGUUUUGACCCCGGCAGGAAUCGGAGGAGCAGCUCAGGUGACUCGAGUCGUCCUGGUUCCCAUCUCCCUCGGAGGAUUUCCGGGAGUGCUGGAGUUCACGGUGUUGGAGGGCGGCAUUCCACCCUUGCUCAGCGUGGGCUUUCUUGAGUUCUUGGAGGCCGUCAUUGACCUGCCUCACGACCGGGUGGAGCAGCAGCAAGUGCCCGAGGAGCGCUGGAACGGCUUGAUGACCGCGCUCAUGAACAAGCUGGAGAGCAACCGAGUCGCCUACAAGAAGCUGGUCGAGGCCGAGCUGAAGACCAAGAGUCUGGCCUCCAACCGCAAGAAGUAUGUGGAGGCAGUCAGCCAGGCACCCGGCCGGUGCUUGCAUCCGAAAGAACAGGUAGCAUCCCGGGCCAACCAGUACGCAUCCUGGACGGCAUGUCUCCAGUGCGGCGCUCGGCUGAGCUACGCCUCCAAGACCCGCUCCCGGGCGGCGGCAGCCUCAUCGUCGACGAGGGCAUCUACAAGGACCUCCGCAGCGGCAGCUACCAGCAAGGCAGCGGUGACGUCGGGACGCCAGACGACGGGGUACGGGGUUCCCGAACCUCUGAUGGCCAGUGCCUCCAGCGAGGCGACUCAGAUCGUGGGAGAAGCCAUGUCAAUGCUGCAGGUUCAGAACUCUCAGCUGGCUACGGCGCUGACGCAGAUCAAUCACUCACUGCAGCAACUGGCACAUGGUCAGAGCCAGAUGAUCACGAUGGCAAAUCCCGGUCCACUGCCUGCCAACUCCAAUCUGAAUCCGCAGACUCAAGGAAUCAUGCCGACGGAGAUGCAGGUCGAUAUGAUGUCGGAUCAUUGGUCGGCGACGGAGGUGGACUGGUCGCACCUGCCAUCCCCGAAGAGCAACCUGACCGACGUGGAGGAGACAACGGAGGGGGACUUCAGCAAUAAUCCAAAUUCGUGGCAGGGAGUGGUUUCAUGA